AUGAUAUUUAAAAAUAGCUCGAAUGGCAACGUUUUGAUCACACCAAUAGUUGUCGAACUAGCAAAAGCAACUCCAAGUACAAGUGAAUCUGACUUGAGGAAUGAAUCGGAGAAAACUACACAAACACCUGAAUCUCGUUUGAAUAGCUCGAAUGGCAACGUUUUGAUCACACCAAUAGUUGUCGAACUAGCAACAGCAACUCCAAGUACAAGUGAAUCUGACUUAAGGAAUGAAUCGGAGAAAACUACACAAACACCUGAAUCUCGUUUGAAUAGCUCGAAUGGCAACGUUUUGAUCACACCAAUAGUUGUCGAACUAGCAACAGCAACUCCAAGUACAAGUGAAUCUGACUUGAGGAAUGAAUCGGAGAAAACUACACAAACACCUGAAUCUCGUUUGAAUAGCUCGAAUGGCAACGUUUUGAUCACACCAAUAGUUGUCGAACUAGCAAAAGCAACUCCAAGUACAAGUGAAUCUGACUUGAGGAAUGAAUCGGAGAAAACUACACAAACACCUGAAUCUCGUUUGAAUAGCUCGAAUGGCAACGUUUUGAUCACACCAAUAGUUGUCGAACUAGCAACAGCAACUCCAAGUACAAGUGAAUCUGACUUAAGGAAUGAAUCGGAGAAAACUACACAAACACCUGAAUCUCGUUUGAAUAGCUCGAAUGGCAACGUUUUGAUCACACCAAUAGUUGUCGAACUAGCAACAGCAACUCCAAGUACAAGUGAAUCUGACUUGAGGAAUGAAUCGGAGAAAACUACACAAACACCUGAAUCUCGUUUGAAUAGCUCGAAUGGCAACGUUUUGAUCACACCAAUAGUUGUCGAACUAGCAACAGCAACUCCAAGUACAAGUGAAUCUGACUUGAGGAAUGAAUCGGAGAAAACUACACAAACACCUGAAUCUCGUUUGAAUAGCUCGAAUGGCAACGUUUUGAUCACACCAAUAGUUGUCGAACUAGCAAAAGCAACUCCAAGUACAAGUGAAUCUGACUUGAGGAAUGAAUCGGAGAAAACUACACAAACACCUGAAUCUCGUUUGAAUAGCUCGAAUGGCAACGUUUUGAUCACACCAAUAGUUGUCGAACUAGCAACAGCAACUCCAAGUACAAGUGAAUCUGACUUGAGGAAUGAAUCGGAGAAAACUACACAAACACCUGAAUCUCGUUUGAAUAGCUCGAAUGGCAACGUUUUGAUCACACCAAUAGUUGUCGAACUAGCAACAGCAACUCCAAGUACAAGUGAAUCUGACUUGAGGAAUGAAUCGGAGAAAACUACACAAACACCUGAAUCUCGUUUGAAUAGCUCGAAUGGCAACGUUUUGAUCACACCAAUAGUUGUCGAACUAGCAAAAGCAACUCCAAGUACAAGUGAAUCUGACUUGAGGAAUGAAUCGGAGAAAACUACACAAACACCUGAAUCUCGUUUGAAUAGCUCGAAUGGCAACGUUUUGAUCACACCAAUAGUUGUCGAACUAGCAACAGCAACUCCAAGUACAAGUGAAUCUGACUUGAGGAAUGAAUCGGAGAAAACUACACAAACACCUGAAUCUCGUUUGAAUAGCUCGAAUGGCAACGUUUUGAUCACACCAAUAGUUGUCGAACUAGCAACAGCAACUCCAAGUACAAGUGAAUCUGACUUGAGGAAUGAAUCGGAGAAAACUACACAAACACCUGAAUCUCGUUUGAAUAGCUCGAAUGGCAACGUUUUGAUCACACCAAUAGUUGUCGAACUAGCAACAGCAACUCCAAGUACAAGUGAAUCUGACUUGAGGAAUGAAUCGGAGAAAACUACACAAACACCUGAAUCUCGUUUGAAUAGCUCGAAUGGCAACGUUUUGAUCACACCAAUAGUUGUCGAACUAGCAACAGCAACUCCAAGUACAAGUGAAUCUGACUUGAGGAAUGAAUCGGAGAAAACUACACAAACACCUGAAUCUCGUUUGAAUAGCUCGAAUGGCAACGUUUUGAUCACACCAAUAGUUGUCGAACUAGCAACAGCAACUCCAAGUACAAGUGAAUCUGACUUGAGGAAUGAAUCGGAGAAAACUACACAAACACCUGAAUCUCGUUUGAAUAGCUCGAAUGGCAACGUUUUGAUCACACCAAUAGUUGUCGAACUAGCAACAGCAACUCCAAGUACAAGUGAAUCUGACUUGAGGAAUGAAUCGGAGAAAACUACACAAACACCUGAAUCUCGUUUGGUAAGUAAUUGA